CGUUGUAACCAAUCAGUCCCUCACGCGCCUCGGUCACACGUCAGGUCACGUUCCCCUGCCACUGCCGCUGCCACUGGAGCCAUGUCGCCGCCUCCGCGCUCCAAACGAGACUCCAGCAAUGGCAUAGACAAGCUCGACUACGACGCUGCCCGCCGCCCACUCCUCCACCCCGACGCCGAAUCCGACUCGAAUCGCCGCUCGCAAGACACCAGCUACGCCGGUAGUUUCUUCGAGCAGGUCGCUGAAGGCAUCAUGGAUCGCGACCGCCAGAGGCUGCAGCGUGAAGCCGUGCGAUGGCUGAGCUUCGUCUGGGCCAUCAUCAGCUGCCUGUGUGCCGGCAGCAUCACCGCAUACUCGCUUUACGGCCACAUCUUCCAGUCUAAACUCCAUUACACCCAGUUCCAGGUCAACAUUGUCAGCAUCACCGCCGAGCUGGCCAUGUACUUGCCCGUCCCUGCCUUUGGCUACCUCUGCGACCGACUGGGGCCUGGCGCCCCGUCCGCUCUGUCUGCUGCAUUCUUCGGCACCGGCUACCUGCUGGCUGCAUUUGCCUACAAGAGCGGUCCUCCCCCGUCCGCCGGUGGUCACGGAUGGCCGUUUGGAGUCAUGGCUCUGGCCUUUGUCGGCAUAGGCAUGGGCACUAGCUGCAUGUAUCUUUCGGCCGUCACCACGUGUGCCAAGAACUUUGGCCGCGGAAACGCAAAGGGAAUUGCCCUGGCUGUUCCCAUUGCCGCCUUUGGUCUCAGCGGCAUGUGGCAGAGCCAGGUCGGAAGCCGGCUGCUGUACGUGAGAAAUCCCGACGGCAGCAAGGGAGAUGUCGAUGUUUUCAGGUACUUCUUGUUCCUCGGCAUACUUCUUCUCUGUGUGGGCCUGAUCGGCUUCUUCGCCCUCCGCAUCAUGGAUGAGGAGGAGAUGAUAGAUGAUGCAGUCGAUGAGCUGGAACGCUCUGGUCUACUCGCCCAAGAUGAAUUCUUUACCCAGGCUGCCAGCGAUCACGGCUACGGGACCAUGGAAACUCGGGACCUGUCCGACUCCACCUUUGAUUUCCUUCAAUCCGAGGCCGAGCGCUUGAAAGCCCAAGCCGAAGAGGAGGCACGCAAGAAAACAUGGCUCUUGAACGAAGAAACUCGCCGCUACGUCUCAGAUCCCACCAUGUGGUGGCUUGCAGGUGGCUUCUUUCUCGUCACUGGCCCUGGCGAAGCCUUCAUCAACAAUCUCGGCACCAUCAUCGGUACUCUGUCCCCACCCGAUACCGCCGCAACCACAUCUGCAGCGACACACGUGUCUAUCGUGGCUAUCACUUCCACCGUAGCCCGAUUAGUCACCGGCACUCUUUCUGACAUUCUGGCCCCUGUAGCUCCCAUUCAUCAACACCGCCGUGGCCCAGAUUCGGUCUCCAAUAGUCUUGCCUCACUUCCUCCUGCCAGCCGCAAAUUCUCAGUAUCUCGCAUCACGUUUUUGCUAACCUUCGCCUUUAUCUUGUCGCUCGGUCAACUCCUACUGGCAUCGGGCUGGGUCCAAAACCACGACUCGCGCUUUGCUGUCGUGUCCGCACUCAUCGGUGCAGGCUACGGAGCCGUCUUCUCGCUCACGCCCAUCGUCGUCUCCGUUGUGUGGGGUGUCGAGAACUUUGGUACCAACUGGGGAAUUCUGGCCACGACCCCGGCUGUUGGUGCCACGCUGUGGGGAGCCAUUUACGCCACCGUGUACCAAAAGGGUGCAGCCACCGGUGAGCCGGGUAUCGAGAGAGACCCGUCCGAUGUCUUGUGCUAUGGUAAAAGCUGCUAUGCGCCGACUUUCUGGGCCAUGGCUGUUUCUGUGUGGUUGGCUAUGGGCCUGUGGUUGUGGGCUUGGAGAGGACCUGGUGGUUGGAAGAAGAGAGGCAUUGCCGUGUAGAUUUUUCUUUUGUUUGUUUUGAUUAUCUUUUUUUGCAAGCGAGUUCAAUCAUGCCUUUCAGUGUAUCUUGGAAGUGAGAGAUGGCAUACACAACAAUUGGUAUAGAUGUGCAUAGGAAUUGGUGAUGGUUCUCUCUCGGUUAUGAUUGGCGAUCUUUCAUGGUGCGGUUUUCGUCAAUUCAUGUUGCAUUUUUCAUCACCUUCCUUGUCUAGUCAUUUAGUUGCAUAUUAUCUUCAACUUUGAAGCCCCCUUUAUCUCUUUUUUAUGCAUCUAUCAUAUAUGUCUAUAACUUUGUGUCUCUUACUAUUUCUUCUUAGCAUUGCAUCCAUUUGCCGCACUUUCCUGUUACAAUCUAGGUAUAUGUACUAGAUAUCUAAACUCAACAUAUCUUAAUCUAAGAAAGCUCAAGAAAACAGGGAAUCGAACAUCUCUACACUACUGCCAACUCUUACUGAUCUUCCUUACCUUGUUUUAUUACAUAGGAAAAGAAGACUUCUCAACAUACACCCUGCAUCUUGGAGAUAGUUUUAAUCUACCCACUUUUGCCCUA